CCUUUCAUUGUCAUACUUACCACACUUUAGAAACACAACACUUUCGUGCCCUUAUGGCUGACGCUCAACUUGAAUCAGGGCGAGACCAUGAUGAUUCCAUGCAGUAUGAUAACACUGCCCUUGAAUAUGAGGAUCUUGGGCAGCAAGAAGAAGAUCACCUACAUGAAGUUUCUAGUGGCCCACUAUUUUCAGAAUGUUUCUGGAUGUGUGUGCAACAACGUGGUGUGACAAGUCAUCAACACCAAGAUUUGCGGACAUGAAUGCAGCGCUAUCAACAUGCCCACGCUGCAUGGUCUGAGCAAAUCCCCCUUCUCAUUGAAGCUUACAUGUGGUGGGCACACAACAUGACUGAGACCAGCAGUGACCAAGAGGGCCAUUCGUUUGGUGUAGCUGCUGUUGGUGUUAUGGACUUCACCGCUAACAUAGAUAUUCUACAACGACCUGGGGAACCUGCCAAUGUGGUGCUACUGCAGUGUGGGUUACUCGGCUGCUCUCCAGUGCAACCCACUGUAGCUAUUCAUCUCCACUGUCUCGAACUCUACCAUCAAAUUUGUCAGCGACAAUCUUCGUUUAGCGUUCAAUCUAUUACUAAAGUUCUUUGUACCCUUCACAAUGUACAUUUUUUUGUUUUGUUUAUUGAUCAUUAAUAUGUAUAACUCAAGGUUUAGGUAACUUAUUCUCGCCACUUGCGGGAGCAGUUUACAAUAGCAUUUGAUAUCUACCUUCAAGUCAAACAUGAGGUCUG